UUCAGAAGCGUUCUGGGUUCAGUAAGAGUUUAGGUUUGGAUUAAGGUUCGUGGUGGAGUCUUGGUUCGGGAUUCUGUCUCUACGCACAUCUGUCAGUGCUUCGCCUGGAGCCCAUUUCUGUUACUCGGUGAGCAGAGAGAUGAUAUAGGUCAGAGGUCACCCUGCUCCUCCACAACUAUAUCUGACGUAACAUCUCUCUGAAAGUUGGGUGAGAAUAUGAGGACUUUUCGUGGCUGACAUGGCCUGCAGCUUGUUCAAAGACAAUAUUUUUAGAGCCACUAUGAGAUAGAAGCUGCUCUCAGCAGUUUUUGAAGUACUCUCUGCAGGCUCAAAGCUUUCACUCGUACCGUUUCAGAUUAAAACGAUCCUCAUUAAAGCACUAUUCAACCAGAAAAAGUACCAUGUGCGUUGUUGAGUUAGGUGAUGCACAAAUGUGUCCUUUAACUACUGGAAUUUCAAAUCCAAAAUGCUUCGACUGUACCAUAAAAUUGAUGAUAAGGAUCCAGAAUGUAUAACUAACAUAGUUUAUAUUUACAAAAAGUUGGAUUUGGAUAUAGUGGCUCAAAUCGUACAUUUUAUUCCAAAACUUUUUACGAUAGUAUUAUGCUGUUGUACUGUCAAACUGUUACUGAAUCAGAUCAUCCAAAUGCAUCAUAAUGUAUUUUGCAGAAGCUGAAUGUAGUUCAGAAACAAACAGACAUAUAAACAGUUAUUCUGUUUUUCCUUUUUGGAUAAAUAAGAUACAUGUUUCUGCCUGAAAUCUUACAACAUUAACAGUAACAGCUAAUGUGGUUUAAGCUUUUAAUAUUAUUGCACCUUCAAUCGACUGAAAUGUUUGGCACUGAUGUGUAAAAACUGCAAAAAGAAAAUAUAUUUUGGUUUCAGUAAUGUGGUGCCUGUUAGCAAAAAAAACCCACCAGUUUUAACCAGCGCUUAGUGACAGAAUGACUGGAGACCACAGCCUGAGGCUGAAAAACCAGCGAAACCAAUUCAGCCUUUUAAAAAUCUUCAAGUCUUACAAACAGCAGCACAGCAAACCAGCCAAUUUCCGCAUGUUGAUUUGAUAAGCAUCCUCUGGGUCUCCCUGGACGAGCAAGAACUUCCCAUGUGUGACUUCAUAAAAUUAGCCUCUUACAAAUAAAGCUUUGAUCUCCUAUAAGUAAAUCAGAUUUAACUGAAUAUUUCAAGCAUUAUUAGUUACACAGUAACAGUUCUUGUCGUUUCUAGUCACAUAGUGGCGAUGUUCAUAUUUCAGAGUGUUAAACCUGUUAAAACAUGCUCUGUAAUGGAUUAAACUCAGCAUGUUUUUACCUGCUAUGUAAUUGGUGUAUUACUGUAAAAAGUGCUGCAAUAACCUCAUUUGCACUGUAGAUUUCAUUUUAUUUCCAUAAUUUUUUUUUCUGUUUACCGAUAAGAGGUGGAUACAUAGCUUAUCUGGUCAUUUUAAAAGGGUUGUGUGUUUGAUCCCAGAAAUCACACACGCUAAAAAAAGGUAUAGCUUGAAUGCACUGUAAGUGGCUUCAAAUAAAAACCCCUGCCAAAUUUGUAAAAAUGAAGAAUCAUUUCAAAUAUUUUACUUUGUUGAUACUUAAGCUAGUUAAAAAAAAAGAAUAAAAAAAAGUUUUGUCAAUUUUUUUUUGACGUGAAAAACAUAAUACGAGCAAAAGGCAUUGCUGGACUUGAUCAGAGGUUGUUACACACACACACGCACACACACACACACACACACACACACACACACGCACACACACGCACACAUUAUCCCGCACUAGAGUGUGUCUUGUGCUGGGCUGCAUUGAUUUAGUGCAUUACUCAACUGCUGGGGAGAGAGAGGUGAGGUAGAGAGACUGUCUCUCCUGACUGCAUUAGGAGCUUCUAGCCUUUGUGAUUCCUUUUGAUCAAAUCUCUGUGUGAGACACGUGUCAUGCCCUCUUCCAGCCAGCUGUGAGGGGACUGGCCCGCCACCCAAUGGGGGAGGGAUGUGAGUGUGUGUGAGAGCUCCUAAGGUGAGAGGUGGGAGGGAGGGAGAAAGGGAGGGUCUCAUUCCUCUCUCCAGCGCCCGGCACACACUCAUCCCGGACACUCACUUACACACAGGCCUGUGGACACACAACGGUGUGUCUGUCGAUUGCAGGAGAAAGUGUGUGUGUGUGUGUGUGUGUGUGUAUGUGUUGUGUGUGUGUCUGUGACUCCACUGUGAGUGAUGGAUCUCUCGCAGUAGAACUUGUACAGACAAGAGAUUCUGCUGGAAUGGCUAACUGCUCAGGAACUUCAGUCUGAUCAAAAUGUCUGAGGCUAUUUGCUGCACGGUUGUGAACUGCAAUUGUGACAGUUUCAAACCAGGUAAACUGCGACGCAGACUGUGUGAGCAUUGUAAACAUGGCUGGGUCGCCCAUGCCCUGAGCAAGUUGAAGUUUCAUCACACGUAUCAAGGAAGCCAGGUUGAGAUUGUUCACUCCAACGUGGUGUUUGAUAUCUGCAGUUUGAUGCUUUAUGGGACUCAGGCGAUCCCAGUGCGUCUGAAGAUCCUGCUGGAUCGACUCUUCAGUGUCCUUAAGCAGGAGGAGGUCAUUCAGAUCCUGAACGCACUGGACUGGACUCUGCAGGACUACAUUCGUGGUUACGUGUUGCAGGAUGUGGCCGGAAAGGUGUUGGACCGUUGGGCCAUAAUGACCUUUGAGGAAGAGAUUGUCACGCUGCAGCAGUUCCUACGUUUCGGAGAGACAAAAUCCAUCGUGGAGCUGAUGGCUCUUCAGGAUAAGGAGGGACAGGCAGUUGUCGUUCCAACUUCCAGAACCAAUUCUGACAUCCGUAGCUUUAUCGAAAGCAACACCCAGCGCCCCUCGCGGCUACCUGGUAAACCUGAGGCACCCAGCUGUAGUAAUGGACACCAUUUUGAGACGCUAGUGAACAGCAUGACCCUCAUGUUGCCGCUGCUGAACUCCGCUGUGCCAGCACCAUUCUUGAGCUCUAGCACGGAUUCCAGCUGCCAGGAGGUGCAAACCAAACACGAGACUGCAGAUAUAAGCCUCGAUGCCGCCGCUGCUUCGUUCGACACCGGACCUGUGAGGGCAGAUGUGACGAUGGACACAGAAUCUACAAAGAUGGAAUCAGAAGAGUUUAAUGUGAGUGGAAACUCCUCGCCCUCCACCACCUGCACGCCCUCCAUCAUUUCUGAAAUCACACAGAUGUCUCCCGAGAACAAAAUAAGGUGUGCAGAGAAGAGCGGAACCAUGAAGAAGGGCCGUGUGUUCUGCAGCGCCUGUGAGAAAACCUUCUACGAUAAAGGCACGCUGAAGAUACACUACAAUGCCGUUCACCUGAAGAUCAAACAUAAAUGUACCAUUGAAGGAUGCAACAUGGUGUUCAGCUCUCUACGCAGUCGGAACAGGCAUAGCGCUAAUCCGAAUCCAAGGCUUCACAUGCCAAUGAACCGCAACAAUCGAGACAAAGACCUACGAGGCGGCCUGAGCCCGAGACAGGAGGACGGGGCUGAGGAUGAGAAGAGGGAAUUUGAUUCGGGGCCAGAGAGCAGAGCGGUUUCUAGUUUCAUAAUUCGCAACUCAGAGCCCAAACUGCACACCUCUUUCUCUGGCAUCAGUCAGAGCGGAAUACUCUUUCCCAAUCUCAAGACUGUACAGCCUGUGCUUCCGUUCUACCGUAGCCUAGUGACCCCGGCGGAACUGGCUCACACACCGGGCAGCCUACCCUCACUCCCACUUCUGUCCUCCUCUGUGGCCAUCGAUGUCAGUCAAAUGGAGACAAGCUCAGAUGUGGCACCUAAGAAAAAGUCUAGAAAGUCCAGCAUGCCGAUUAAGAUCGAGAAGGAUGAGCUAGCAGCAGAGGGUGUAUCAGAGGAUGAAAGUCCGACUCUUAGCCCCUGUACAGAAACAGAAAAAUAUCAGGUUAGCAGCAUGGACUACGAAAAACUAAGAGAACCUGUGCUCUGUGAAACACUUGACCAAUCCACAUCCCUUAUGUGUAUCCCCAACGCACAGAGAACAGAAAUGGACAGGUUUGCUCAGGAGGAAAGUUACAUCACGUUGCCAUCUUCUUCUCUCUUAAAGGAUCAGAUAAAAGAGAGGAAGAGGGGGUCCUCGAUAUGCGAAGAACCGCCAUGUAGUUCACAACCAACCAAUAUAACUAUAAGCCACAGUGAGCACAGUGUAGACAGUUGCAGUGACCCGGAGACCUUCUGCUCAGAUGAUAGAGAAGGACAGUCUCACCCCUGUGAGAUCUGUAGUAAAACAUUCAAAAACCCUUACAGUGUAAAAAUGCAUUAUCGAAACGUGCACUUGAAAGAGAUGCACAUGUGCACUGUGGAAGGCUGCAACGCUACUUUUCCUUCUCGACGCAGCAGAGAUCGACACAGUGCAAAUCUGAAUCUACACUACAGGCUGUUGACCAAAGAUCAUUCAGGAGCAUCUCUCUGCGGUGAACGUCUGGAUUUCCCUGACAAAGAGUCUCUGAGCCAGAUGUCUGUCAUUCUUAAAGGGAGAAACCGUACAGGCCUGGUGUUUCCCAUGAGUAAAUCGCUGGAGAGAGCAAGAGAUCCAGCAGAGGGUGCUGUGGAGGAUGAAGCUGUACUAGACUUAAGCACGAGAGGAAGCGCUCACUCCUCCUGGGACUCGGAUAUGGGCAGCGAGGAGGGACUCAUUCUGGAGGACAGCGAUGAGAGCUGUGAUGGCCUGAGUGCCGGAACGGCCGAAUCUCUGCCCUGCCUCAGUCAUCAAUCUCAUGGCUCAUCACCCAUAACAUGUCAUCUCUGUAAGAAAGUUUACAGUAACAAAGGCACAUUCAGAGCUCAUUACAAAACAGUUCACCUUCGACUUCUUCACAAGUGUAAAGUUCCAGGCUGUGACACGGCAUUUUCCUCUGUUAGAAGCCGCAAUCGACAUAGUCAGAAUCCAAAUCUACAUCGUAACCUUGGAACAAAUAGCUCCUUCAUUCAGGAGUAGGACAAACACAUUUAUGCACAUAAAGCCAUAUACUCUUGAAUAUACAUACGGCCACUUGAAAUAAUCGAAGUUCAACAGUUUUGGACAAAAAGAAACAUAAAUAUUUAUAUUAAAAACCUUCUGUAAUCUUUCAAUAUGGUUUUCUCUUAAAAACUACUUAAGAUCUUUUCCUUGUAUUUAUUCAUUGUAAAUGAGCAAGUAAUAUGUCUAAUUGCCAUACAGUGCUGUAAAUGUCUGGGUUAUGACAUAACAAACAAUUAGUCUGUAAAGAGAAGCACACAUAAUAGCCCAGACACAAUCAAAUGUAAAAAAGUCACUUUAAAAGAAAAAAGAAAACAAACAUUUAUUGCUAUUAGAAGUCCCUCAUUCAUUAUUUUUGUCCUUCUCUGCAGUUCAUUGGGCAGACACAUAUGGAGAGAGAGAGAGAGAGAGAGAGAGAGAGAGAGAGAGGAGAGAGAGAGAGAGAGCAUUACAAAGCUACAAAGUGUUGGUGAAUGAUAGUAAUUUGACUCGUCUUGCAGUAAAUUUUCUUGUAGUAGACUUGUGCUGGCUGUACAAUUGUUACAAAUGAAUCUUUGAAGCCCUCUGACUUUGUUGCUGUUGAUUUUUAAAGAGACUGUUGUGUUCCUUUUCAGUUAGUUACUGUGUUUAUUAUAAUACAGUUAUUCUUGUAUAGACCAAAGAUUCGUAAUUCACAGUGGUUGUUAAGAAAGCAUUAUAAACAUCAAAAUAAGACUGCACUUGAAUGUGUUACCAAAGGUUACUAUAAAGACUUAAAAUCCUAAAGUUUAUAAUACAUUCUUACUAGUUUAAUAUGUUGAUGCUUUGCUUGACGAAGCGUAUUAUGUCCUUAAGUCAAGCAAUUGUACAUGAAAUGGUUUUGCCCUGAUCUAAACACAUUUUACACGUCACAGGGAUUGAGCAGUAUAUCCGACGCAAGCACAAACCAACCUGUUGACAAAACCUUACCUUUAAGAGCAUCUAUUUUAUUGCUAAAAACAAGGUUAUUUUGUGUAUUUGAUAUAAUACAAUGUGUUCGCGUGGUUUAUGGUUAAAACACAUUAUUAUCCACAUACCGUACAUUUUUGUAGCUUCAGAUUUCACUCUCUUCCUGAAACGCAUGGAUUUGAAAAGCUCUAUGUCCCUGAUUGGCCAGCUAAUCUGUACGUUGUGAUUGGUCUGAAUACCUCUGAUGUCAGCCGGAAAUGUGACGCUCCUUACCAUGUUUGAAAGAUUUGGUCACAAUGCAAUGCUAAGCAGGAGGAAUUAUGAUAAUGUCGGGCUUUACUACAUCACCAAUCCCAGGAAGUAAACCGUUGCCUACAAUCUGUGUGUUUAUUUAAGUUAAAAAAAGAGAUUUACGUUGGAGACGAUAACUCUCAUCAUCGUUUUCUUUGGGGUUUGUACCUUUUGCAUAUCGUUAACAUGAACUAAUACACAUACACACCAAAGGAAAUGUAAAAACGUGAAUCGGACAACAGUUGCUCUUUAAGACAAAAAGAAAAAGAAGUAUCUGCUGUAACAUAAGCAUAUACCAUAUUAGAGCCAUUUAAAAUGAUUGUUUGAUAAGCACUGUAAACAACAUCAUAAUAUGAAUCAAAUUGUAUUUGUUAAUAAACAAUUAUUUAAAUAUAUUUCACAAGGAAGUGUUCACUAUUUGUCUUUUAUCCAAACAAAAGUCGUGGAGAAAUGGUUAGAUACCAAAGCCUAUAACCCUAAGGUUGCUGGUUUAAAUGUCAUGGCAGGCGGAUUGCGACUCAGGUGCCAUAUGAGCAAGGCACGUUUCCCCCAAUUGCUCCCUGGGUUAAUUGUGGGAAGUAUGACCAAAAAUCCAUUUCACAAAAUGAAUAAUUUCAUUUCAGGGUAUAACGGUUUAUUUUACAGUAUGUUUUCAGCUUUAUGUUUAGAUUGGAAGAAGUUUGCUAUUCCAAAAACAUCCAAUGAUUAGCUGUUAACAAAAAUAAUGAGCAAGUUAAAGCUAGUGUGCAAGUGAAAAUGCACAGAAGAUACCAACAGAUUAAGAGUGCGUCUCAUUUCUCUGUCUUACCCCUUCCCCUUACCCCUACCCCUCGGUUUUGCGUGUUCAUGUGAGGCGAAGUGGCAUCUCAAUUCUCCGUUUGAUCGAGGGCUAGGGCCAAGGCAUAGGGAUACAUAGCCCUUGAAACGAAGUGUGAUAAGGACCACACUUGAAAGAGAGGGGCAGUGGCGGUCCUGGCUAGAUUUACGCCCUGGGCGAACCAUCCCUUGGCCGCCCCCAGAAAAAAAAGAAUUACCCCCAAAUCCCGCCACCAACAUGUAUUAUUUUAUUAUAUAUAAUCUUAAAUACAAAAAGGUAACAAGAACAGAGAAAAACAAGAUAAAUAAAUGUAAUACAGUAUAUACACACACACACACACACACACACACACACACACACACACACACACACACACACACACACACACACACACACACACACACACACACACCUCAUCAGACACAACCAUGUCUGACCCCUCAUUUUUGCCAGUGGGUGCUCUAACUCCAAAAUAUUUCAGAAGUGCCCCUGAAUUUACAAUUAAGAUACAAUAUGUAAGUUAGAUACACUUACAUCAUACAUGCAUCAGUUACCCAAUUAAAAUGACCAUAACACACCUUUUAUUAGUUUAUAGGAUGUUAACAAAUGCUAAGCAUACACUACAAAUUAUUUAAAAAGCUAUAUCACUCUUUAGCUUACAAAAUGGCAUGUCAAUUUAUAUUAGAAGUUAUUUAAGUUCACUUAUUACACGGCUCUCUGGAAUGCUUGAUUCUGAUUGGUCAGUUGAGACAUUUGCAGGUUCGUUCUUUUCAAAUAAUAACCGCUCCAAAUUAAUAACGCAUAGCCGGCACUACUUGCACGAGUAAAAUCGCUCCGCGCCAAUAAAGAUCAAUAAAGAUUGCUGUCUGUUUGGCGCCAUCUUGUGACAAACACUCGACAACCACGACAAGACACAGACAGCUUACUGAGACUGAACUUGACAAAAUAGAGCAUGACAGCUACGAAGCCAACACACAAAAAAAUACAGAAUGGGCAUUUAAACUUCUCAAAGACUGGCUAAAAGAGAAAAAAUGGAGACAAGUAUGAAGCAGAGGAUCUUAAUAAGGUAUUACGAUCAUUUUAUGCAUCUGUGCAAAGUUUCGCGGAAGGAUAAAAAUGUUAAUUUAAAACAAAUAUGCCAAUAAAAUGUUUCAAAUU